ACUAGGAAGUGAAAGUAAAGUCUAUCUGCGUCUCAAACGGCGACAUUAAGGAAACAUUGUAUUGCGCGGAAGCCUUUAUUUCAGAACCUACGUAGAAUCUGUGUCGUCGAAAUGUCGGUAAAACAGCCGAAGCAGAUUGUACUCAAACCGCACAUCCCCAUAGCAGUAACCAUCCUGGGGGGACUCCAUCCAGGUGAGAUGGUUCUUAUCCAAGGCUCAGUUCCAGCUGAUGCAGACAGGUUUCAGGUGGACUUCAUGUGCGGCAGUAGUUCUAAGCCCAGAGCAGACGUUGCGUUCCACUUGAACCCACGCUUUAAGAAGGACCACAUCGUGUGCAACACCCUGCAACUCGAGUACUGGGGAAAAGAAGAGAUCCACUAUCAGAUGCCCUUCAGGAAGGGGGCAGAUUUUGAGAUCAUCGUGCUGGUAGAGAAAGAUUUGUACAAGGUGGCAGUAAAUGGUGCCCAUGUGCUGGAGUAUAAGCACAGGAUAGAUCUGGCCAGGGUGGACACACUGUGUGUAUCCGGGAAGGUUCAGAUCCAGGCCAUCGGAUUCAUUCCAAGCACAAGUACUUCCGGAUCUCCAGUAGCUGUGAAGGGGAUCAGCACACAGGCGCCAGUUGUGGCGGAUGACUCAUGUGAUAUGAGUCUUCCUUUUAGGAGAAAGCUAAUAAAGGGCUUGAGUCCAGGAAACACCAUCACAGUCAAGGGCCAGAUCAUUGCCUAUGCUAACAGCUUCUCUGUGAACCUGCGCGUCGGGAACUCCGAGGACAUCGCGCUGCACUUAAACCCUCGGCUCAGAUCUGGUUUGUUUAUUCGUAACUCUUACCUGUCGGAGUGCUGGGGUCCAGAGGAGAACACUCUGCCCAGCUUUCCCUUCACUCCGGGAGAAUACUUUGAGAUGAUAAUCCUGUGCGAGGCGCAGCAGUUUAAGGUGGCUGUGAACGGCGCUCAUCAGUUGACCUACAAGCACCGCGUGCAGGACCUGAGCCGCGUGGACGAGCUGGAGAUCACCGGAGACCUGGAGCUGCUGGAUGUUAAGAUAUGGUAACCGACCCUCCUUCUGAACUCUGCAGCUUCAAAUAAAGAUGUCUAGAUUCAACUCGAUCAAAAAUCUGCUGACAUAGUGUGUGCACAGAACCAACUAGACUGGCUUUUAAAGCACAUGAGGUCACGGCUUUGGCUGUAUGAUUUAAUACCACUGCAGUUUAAUAUGUAACCACUUUAGCAUCUACUAAGCUUUUAAGAAAUAACAGUCAUGACUUAGGGAUGAGUUACUGUUUUUCGGGUUUGUGUAUCAAAAAGUUUUGCAGUAAGGAACAUUUGAACCAAUUGUACAUAAUUUUCACUGUACAUCAAAGAAAGUACUUAUCAGCCAGGACAUGUUUAGUGUCUGACUUUGGCUUUUUUGGUAUUGCACUGAAGCUACAAGGUCGAUGUGUGAUGCAAACUGCCUACUUAGUAGUUUAAUAUAUUUUUUUUAAAAAUUGCUUAUGUGGUUUCUGACACACUGUUAUUGAUAAAAAUGGACAAAGCGGCCAUUUUGAAUUCCUCAACAUGUACACUACCGGUCAAGGGUUUAGACACACUCAUUGUUUAUUAUUAUUUUUUCCACAUUUUCACAUGUUGUGAUUAAAAAAUCCAAAAUAAAUCAAAAUAAUUUAAUAUUUUAGCAUCUUCAAAGUAGACCCCCUUUUUGACUAGAAUUUCCAGAAAUGUAUUCUUGGCAUUUUCUCACCCGAUUUCUUGAGGAAUUCCCCUGAGAUGCUUUUCAAACACAAUUAAAGGAGUUCCCACCUACCCUGGACUCUUUUUGGCUGCUUUUUGGAAUAUUUCGCUCCGAGUCGUUAAAAAAAAUUUGUUUGUAAACAAAAUAUUAGUUUUUGAGAGUCGAGUGUCCACAAACUUUUGACCGGUAGUAUAGAUAGGUGUCACUUGUCAGACUCAGGAAAGCGCUUAAUGUUAGAAGGCAGACUUGUACGUUUCGGAUGAUUAUACAGUUACAUUUACAUUUGUAUGUUUAAUGAAUGAAUGAAUUAAUACAGUAUGUAUGUAGUACACAAUAAGAUGAGCGUGUGACAAUUUAGACGUGCAGUUUGCCCAGUGCUCAGCUUCCUUUAUUUAUGUGCCUCAUAGCUCUAGGGAGGAUUAUGUACAUUUAGUUUGUUCCUUGAAUAUGUGGGUCCAUGGAUAGAUGGGUAACUGAAUUCAAGACCGAAUUAACAGCCUGCCGCUCUGAUUGAAAAAAAAAAAAAACGAAAGAAAGAAAGAAAAAGGACGCCUUUUGUUUUUGAUCUCAUUUUGCUAGAAGAGGAAGACAUGUAAUACACAAGGUGAUCACGUGACCUUGAUAUAUCGACUGAUGUAUGAAAUGCAAGUUUGAAUAUGUUGUUUAAAACAUUCCUUGAGGACAUGAUAUGGAAUACCAUGUCGGAAAAUCUAGACCAGAGUAAAAAUAAAAAUAAAAAACCUAUUAUAAGCAAUCUAAUAAAGGUAAACAUAUCAAAGAAGCAUUAAAGAAUCACGCCGAUGCUGCUUCAGGCCCUGUAGGCCAGCCAUGUAGUUUACACACAUUAUGGGUGUGUGUCAGUUUUACUCCGAAUGGAUCGUUUUACGAGCAGGUUUUGUGUUUCAGUGAUUUCAAGAAGAAUCUUCAGGCAAGGCGGGAUUUAAUAUUAUCCUACUUAUUGCACUAUUGAAGAAACAAGUUUGCAGUUAGGAGUAAGUGAAGAAAAUGUUUGAAAUAAAGGAAAACCUCACAUACUUGAGGCUGAAUGCUUAAUUAACCGAUUAGCAGACAUCUCGUUUAAUGUCCACCCAGAUGUUCAGACAGAUGCAUUUGCUGUAAGUGUGUCAGGAAGCCCUCGAGAUCGAAGGGCAAAUUUCAGUUCAUCAGCAGCCUGUAGUGUACGCAGAUUUCCAUUAAAACAGUUCAUUAAAUCUGACACCAGAACGUGCCGAAACAUGCCGAAACGUGCUGGUUUGCUAGCGGCACAAUUUAAGACAAAGUGUCCUUGAAGUACCAGUGGAAAAGAAAUGAUUCCUAAUGAUUUAGGCUUUACAUAUGGAAACAUUGUACAGUCUAAUUUCAGGUUAAUAAUUAGCAAUGCAUGUUAAGAGAUUUAAUGAUCUAGUUGAUGAAUUGUUGCUCCCCCCCCCCCCAUUUAUAAUCUGUAACGUGCUGACCAAUAUAUCUAUACAAGUUACACACACGUGUAGUAUUUCUGUCCUUCUUUCUAUAAAACAUUAAUGAAAAUUUAUGAAUAAAGUGAAUGUCAGGAAA